CCGGGUUGUUUUGAGAGAUGUGUUGCAGCCAGCUAACAGUUAGCCACUGAUUCCCAUCUUUACGCACAAAUCCACAGUCUCCACAAUGUUGAGGCUACAGGACGCAAAGGACGAGUAUUUAAGAUCCAAUUGGUCGGUGUGCUGAUUGUGAUGAUACCUUCAUCAUCAGAAGACUGUUGAGACAGGAUGCCAGAGAUGACUGAAACACAAACAGCGGGUCGAAAACCUAAAAAAAAGAAAAACAAAGAAUCCCAUAAUGCCGUGGAAAGACACAGAAAGGAAAAGAUAAAUGCUGGGAUUACCCGGAUUGGAAAUCUUUUGCCAUGCUCACAAUCACUGAAGCAGAGUAAGAACAUGAUCUUGGACCAGGCAUUUCGCUAUAUCACUGAACUGAAGAAGCAAAAUGAUGCCAUGCUUCUUGAAGGAGGAGAAAAAGUCCAAGCAGAAGAAAUACGUCGCCUACGCCGUCAGUUGGAGGAGCUUCUGAAGGAGAGUGCUCACUACAUAGAUCUCCUUAAGGCCCAUGACAUCAACAUUCUGGAAGACCCCACUGUUCACUGGAAGGGCAAACAGCGAUAUGCAAAGGUGGCAAAGGUUACUCCCACUCAUCAAAUCCCUAAAGGAAUAAUCGUCUAUUCCAAUAACAAUGCAAUGGCUCCGGCUGUCAAGGACUCUAACCCUGGAAAGCAGCCUGCUGAAACUUUACUUCUUCAAGCACCUGUUGAUGUUGGUGGUGGAUUAAGGGUUAAUGGAGCAUUAUUACAUGUUAACAAUUCCCCUGCCAAGACGGAACUAAACCCUGGACCCACUAACACGCAGACGACACCUGCUUUGUCUGUGGUUGAGCAGUGUGUGAUUGAAAAGCCGGCAGCUGUUCCUUCUCUGCCACCUUCAGUCUCAUACAUUACUCUUCAACUUCCAACUGUAACUGCGGCUAAGGCCCAACGACUUAACCCUACUGUUGCCACCCAGAGCACCGUACCAUCUUCCUCAGUCAAUCCCAUCCCAAUUGAACCCAGUGUUCCACCGGUGUCCAGCCUAACCACGCUGAUGCAUACUGUCACCACAGAAAUCUCCCAAGAUGCCACUAGGACUUUGUGUUACACCAUCCCUAAUAACCAAGCCCUUCUAAGAACCGGCACCUCUGGCAGCACGCAGACCACAUGGACUACUCUUCAAAUGGCAGGAAACACAGUCCAGCCUGUUUGCCAGAGUCUACCCUCACUUGAGGUUGGCAACAGCGCCCACGCUGUCCAGCAGGUGACUGUAUGUCCUGCAGUCAACAAAUCAUCUGUUCAGCCCAUUCAAAUACAAAUGCAAUCUCAAAUCCCGGUCCAGCAAGCUCCUGUCACAGGUCAGACAUUUCAGAGAACGCCUCAGCUCAGAUCUGCUAUCCUUAACCAGACACAAGCCGUCCUUGCCCCCCAACCUCAAUGUGCGAUUCUUCCCCCACAACCAGCCAUAGUUUCCCAGCCGGCCAUCGUGGCUCAUCCUACCAUUGUGUCCCAGACUCAGUCUCUGGUGUUUCAGCCAGGGUCUCUUGUCCCGUGCCCACCAACUGCUAUUAUUCCUCAGGCUAAGGCCCCAACUCCGACGAACCUUGUGCCCCAGCCCCAAGCUGCCGUACUACCCCUUCUUCAGACUAUGCAUGUGCUGCAGGUCAACCCUGCCGUAGCAACACCCUCAGGAGAGACUGCAGGGCAGCCAGUGAACAAGCCCAACGUGGUCAUCUUGCAGCAAGCCAACACCUGCCCAACCCAGUCCGUAAUAAGAGAAGAAGUGAUCAAUAAGACACCCUGCCAACACAUUGUCAUCAUCCAGGCGCCUAAUCAGUCUGCACCUGCGGCGCAAAAUCCUCAGGUUGGAAUGGUUCCUGUUGCCUUACCAUCCGCGACCACCCAAGUACCCACCACUAGCAUUUCAACGGCGUCCUUGCAGAGUGUAGGUGGGAAACAGUUGGUGCAUAUUCUGCCACGACCAGCGCAGCCACCAGUUAAUCCCAGUCAGCAAGUCAGUCAGGCGUCAACAGCGUCAACAGCCCAAACCGCCCCUCAGACCAUUACCGUGAAUGGACAGUUGUUCAGCCUGCAGCCUCUGAAGACCUCUGAGAAAACACCCUCUCAGAGUGGGCAAGGUACCUUGCAGCUUGUUCAGCCUAUCACGUCUGAAGAGCCAUCAACUAAUGUGGCCCUUAAUAGUUUAGGCGCCCUCAGCAGUCUGAACCAGAGUAUCUCUCAUGGCCUUUCGCUCAACAUCACCAGUCAGAAUGCCGGUCCUCCCCCUGCUGCUGCUUCGUCAGUGCUCCAGCAGCCAGCUGAUCCGACUUCCUGCCCCAAUACCUUUUCCUCUCUUCCUGUGGGACAGUUGCGUGUUCCUUGUGUGAGCCCAGCUAAAUCAACACAAGGGGCUAAUGUUCCUGGAAAGAAGCUGCGGAUUGCUGCCAGUACGAAGAGGACAACAUCGAAGAAGUCCAACCAAUCUAAGAAGAAGGAGUCUGGUCAUGUGCCUUCCCCUGUGACAAUCUCUGCAGCAGGAGAAACCACAAACCUGAAGACCCUCGAUCAGCCCACAACAUGUGAAACCACCGUCGACGCCAGCAAAGCCCUCGCAAAUGUUUCUGAUCAUGAACAUGCGCCGUUGGUUCCGUCUAACCCCUCUGCUGAUGUGACGGAAGUCAACCUAUCAAAUCCACUGGUUGAUACCCCUGCCAGUGCAGCUCUUCAGGAUCAUGUCUCCUGUAAAGAGAACACCAGCGGCGUAGCAACAACUGUCACUACUGGGUCAGUUAAACCAUUAUCUGACACUGCAUCGGGUGCUGAAAGCAAGGCAGUGGUACUUGCAGUAGCAAGCAAACUCUUGGUUCCAGAGGCAAAACAACCCACAGCUAGUAGUGAGGCCGGCACAUCGCCCAGCAAGUGCACCAGCUCAGUGGUUUCUAGACAUAAUAGGCCUGUAGUCUGUCCCAUGGGUGUGACAGAGCCUGUGUAUACACAGACCCCUGUGACCCCUGCAUGCCCCACUACUGUCUGUACCACAGCAUCGCAAAUGCCAAUUCAGACUGCCCCACAGCAAGAAAAGAGUCAUCCCGCGAAAUCCAUUUCCCAAGAUCUUGCAGUCAGCUCUUCCUCUCUGACUCUAAACCAGAGUCCAGCUUCCAUGGGAACAUCUCUCAGCUGCUCAGGGCCUGAGACAAAUCCAGAACUCAGACGAAGAGACACAUCACAACAUGCUGAUGUGUCAGGGCCCUCUGUUUGCCUCUCCUCUGAGGUGAAGCCUUUACCCCCUCCUGGCAUGAACCGGGAGCCUCCUGAAAAGUCUUUGACGUCAGAAGCAGAGACUGGUGCCGUAAUGGUCACGACUGACGCCUCUUCCUCAAAAGACUUUGCGUUAUCGCAACAGGUAUACACUAAUUUGGAUGAUCCGACGGGGGAGCCUGGCUUGACAUCUGACAGACAUGCAGAUUCUCCCUCCUCAUUGGGAGCUGCUGGUGGAAGGGGGUUUUCUGUGGCAUCUAUGCUUCCUCAGGGAAACGCCCUCCCUGCACCCUCUGGCUCCUAUGGUGCUUAUACCUUCACAUCUGAACAGGCUGAAAUGCUGGCCUUGGCCAUGUUGGAACAGGACAGUCCAGGAAGGAGAAGUGGGGCAUGCUCCUCUGAAAGCACCACUCUAGCAAACCCAACAACAACCACCUGGGCUUCAAGCAAACCUUUGUCUGUUUCUGCUGCUAAAGAGAAGGGCACGCCUGCAAGCAAUCCUAAAGUGUGUAAAGCCACAGAGACGGUGACAGUUAAACCAACUGGGCUGGCAUCAGGCAGAGGAGCUGCGGUGGAAGGGUCUGCGGGUUUGCCCACCGGGGCCAGGCAUUUACAAAGCUCUGCUCAUCUGGUCUCAUAUUCCCAGGCUCAGGGCUCAUCCCAGAGUGGCUCAGCAGCAAGCCUCAGUGUCAACAACUUGAUUCGGUCCAGCUCCAGUCAGAAACCCUACCCUGCUUCCUCAGGUCAACAGACCUCCAUUCCUUCGCCGGUGGGGACCUCAGCCCACUUAUCCCAAACCUCGAACAUCGUUCUCUCCUCGUGUGCUAGUGCGCCUUUGGCAAAUGAAUAUGUCCAUGGGAAAAGUGCUCUGCUGAGGGCUCAGGCCGAGCGUCAAGUGAAGGUUGUUCCCAAACGGCAGGCCCAGGACGACACCUUGCUUAACAGUGCGAAAAGACACAAGCCUUGCCCACCAGCGGCGCCUCCUAUUGGCCACAUGGAUGUGAAAGUGUCAGAACACAACCAGCUAAUGGCCGGACCAGGGGCCCCAGCCUCCUCACCCUUAAUGCCACGGACGACUGUCGAAGGUGGAGGCGCCCUCUUCUCCUCCAACACUUUCAUGAGCACAGUUGUUCAGCCUGUGGAUGCCCACUGUCCUCCACAAGGUCCCCCGGAACAAAUCCAGCCGGGAUUGCUUCACCUCCCCCAAGGUCACCCGCAGCACUCUGCACCCCAGCCUGCGCAACACCUGGGAGGAAACCUGUACAUGAAGCAGCAUCAAGAGCAACAGCGGCACCACCUUUAUCAUUUACAGCACCACUUGAUGCAGCCCGACGCCGCGCACCGCCACUCUCUCCACCAGAGGGCGCUCCAGGAGCAGCACGUGCAAAAGAAGAGGGGCUUAGUCCGUGGCAGCCAAAGCGGGUCUCCUGCCGGCAUGCAACAGAAACCGCAUCACAUGGAGAAGCCUGUGGUUCCGCAGCAGCAUUCGCAUCCGCAGCAAAGUCAGCACCAACAGCACGCGCAGCAGCCACACCCGCAGCAGGCUCACCAACAACCGUCGCAUCAGCAGCAGACCCAGCACACGCAGUCUCAUGGUCAGCCGCACCAGCCGCCGACCCAUCAACAGCCGACCCCACCGCAGCACCAACAGCACCAACAACAGCAGCAGCUGCAGCAGCAGCAGCAGCAGCAGCAGGGCUCCCACACCAGGCAGCAGCAGCAUCUGCAGCAGGUCCAGCAGCAGCACUUCAGACAUCAGGAGAAGAACUGUGAAGGCCAGACCACUGGACCCCGCAGCCACCACAACAACCACAUGGGACAACCGGACGGCCAUAAGGUGGCUCAGGACCACAACACCAUGCAGAGGAUGAUGAGCUCCAGGACCAUGGAGCAGCAGCUCAUUUCUCCUCCCAGCAGCGCAGUGUCCCGGCCCUCUGACCUCGCCUGUGCUCCCUCACGGCAAGAACGUCACCGCGUCUCCAACUACUCUGCAGAGGCUCUCAUUGGUAAAAGCUCAACCAGUGGCGAGCAGCAGCAGCAGCGUAUGGGCGUCCACCUGCAGGCUGGCAGGGGAAGUGCUCAGGACCAGGCUGACUUGCGGGGCUACCUGGACUCUUCACGGGGGAAGGCGAGCUUAGCUCACAACCCACAGAACCGCCUGCCGUCGGACCAUUCAGGGCCGGCAGAUAUUCAGCGAGUCGCUGAGUGUCUGCCUUUCAAGUCCAUGGGUGGAGGCCCAGGGGCACAUCAGCUGAGUGGCUUUGACGCCCAAGUAUCUCGUGGCAGUGAGAUGACUCCAAAGUCUGGCCCUCCUUCCCAGAGGGGACCCCAGGGGCAGCAGCAAGGCGGCUUCAGAAUGGGCGGAGGCCCUCCAGCAGAUGGCAGGAAUCGAGCUUGCUACAGUGGGGUCCACAUCGCCUCGCAGGGCGUGCAGUCAGCACCAGCUGCGCUGCGGGAGCAGGAGGGUUGUCAGAGUUUCAUGCAAACCCUCCUGUCUCCUCACCUGCAGGAGCAGAGCAACCACCAGCGAGUGGUCCAGUGCUGCCCACCGGUCACUAUGGAGUACAACUGCGUGCCUGGAAGCUCGUCUGGGGACAUUCAAGCCAAGUCCUCCAGUCCCAGCGUGCCUCAGACGCAGAAGGCUUCCUCCAUGCGCUUGGCAGACGGCAGCAAGGGACACAUUUCUCAGGUUAACAGUAAUAUGCACGCUGGAGUCAGAGCCAGUCUCCCCCACCCUCCGACUCCUCACAGCAGCUCUGAGCCGGGACGCCCCUCCGCCCCCUCGCGGCCGCCCACAGCCGCAGGUCAACACUCUCGCCAAAUUUCCCGCGACACUCAGCCGACCAAGUUAAGACCUGGUGAUCGGCCUCGGUCAGGUGCGCUCAGACCAAUUCACCAGUUUGAGUCGGAGGGGCAUCUAGCGCUGCCCUCUGGUGGAGGAGUGCUUCUGAGCAGGCCACAGUCGGGCGGGGACGGGAGGCGUAGCACCAUUGUUCGCUUCAUGCCGGACAGUGGCCAAGUCUCCAGUGACAACAACCUGGUGUCUGACCAACAUCUGACGCAGAACUUUGGUUUCCCCUUUAUUCCAGAGGGGGGCAUGAAUCCUCCUCCCCCUAUCAAUGCCAACCCUUCCUUCAUUCCCCCAGUCAGUCAGCCCAGCUCCUCCAGAACUCCAUCCCUGCUGCCCGUGGAGCCACAGAACUCUCUGCCCUCCUUCUAUCCCUCCUACUCCCCUGCAUCCCACCCCAGCCUCCCUAGCGACGUCACCCUCCAGUACUUCCCCAACCAGAUGUUUACCAGUCCAAGUGCUGAGAAGGGCAGCGCUCCACCACUCAGCAAUCGCUUUGGAUCAAUCCUCUCCCCGCCUCGCCCAGUUGGUUUUGCUCAGGCAAGCUUCCCCCUGUUGCCCGAAAUGCCCCCCAUGCCCAUCACCAACUCCUCUGGAAUCACCCCUCACAUCUCCAACUUCAGCCUCACUUCCCUCUUCCCUGACAUUGCCACUGGGAUGCCCACCGACGGCUCCGCCAUGCCCAUGUCUCCUCUGCUGUCCCUGUCCAACUCCACGUCCGACUCGGGGAAGCAGCCCAACCGCCCGGCCCACAACAUCAGCCACAUUCUGGGUCACGACGGCAGCUCGGCCGUUUGAGCCUGCGGGUUCACGUCACCGUUUACACGCUCUGCUUUUGAAGGACACAUGCAGAAUGUCUCCACAUCACUUGGAAUUUUUUAUAGCAAACCUCUAAAUGUGACAUUUCCCCUCGUUUUGGAAUCUCCAAAUGUAUAUCUGCUAACUUAUAUCAGGUCGUGAUGUACAGAAAGUCUUUCUCCAAGUACUGUUUUGUAAAUAAUUAUUUCAUAUCAGAAUUGAUAGCUAAUGUAUGUAUUUGUAAAUACAAAAUUGAUAAAUAAAGUUUAU